AUGCGAACAACAGGGCUGAGCAGCUGUGGCCAAGUCCAGGUGUGCGUUCUCCUUGCCUUGCACUCUGGAUACUGCAUUCCCCUGACCUGUCCAGAGGGAGAACCUGAAAAUCAUGCCACUGUCCACUGGUUGCACAGGACUCCCGGUGCAGGCUCCUGCCCCAGCAGAUGGGCUGGUGUGGGAAGGAGGCUGCUUCUGAGAUCGGUGCAGCUCUGCGACUCAGGAAACUAUUCUUGCUGCCGGGCUGGCUGCCCAGCAGGUCUGUGUUUGCUGGUGGAUGUUUCUCCUGAGGAGCCCCAGCUCUCCUGCUUCUGGAAGAGCCCCCUCAGUGACACUGGUUGUGAAUAGAGUCCUCGGAGUCAAGGUUGAGUCAAAGUUGUGCUAUUGGCGAGGAAGUUUCAGAACUGUCAGGCAGAACUCUUCCAGGAGCCAUGCCAGUAUUCUCAGGAGUCCCAGAAGUUCUGCCAGUUGGCAGUGCCAGAGGGAGAUUACUAUUUCUAUACAGUGUCCCUGUGUGUUACCAAGAGUGUUGGGAACAAGUUCAGCAAAGCCCAAAUAUUGGAGGGUUAUGGAAUCCUGCAGUACGACCCACCUGUCAACAUCACAGUCAUUGCUGUGGCCAGAAAGCCCUGCUGGCUCAACGUCACCUAGCAAGACCCCCACUCCUGGAACUUAUAUUUCUACAGACUAUGGUUUGAUCUUUGAUACCUGGCUAUAGCAAAGAUGUUCAUAACAUGGAUGGCCAAAAAUCUCCAACAUCACUGGAAAGGCAUGAGGCACCAGACACAGCUUCAGGCCCAGGAGGAGCUGGGGCAAGGCUUGUGAAGUAAGUAGACCCCAGAGGCCAUGGGCACCCUUUGGGCAGGCUCCAGGAGUCCUCUAGCUGAGACCACCUCCACGCAAACACCUACUACUCAUAAAGAUGAUGAUAAUAUUCUCCCCAGAGAUUCUGCAAAUGCAACAAGCUUCCGGUUAAAGAAGACAUGGAAGUUGCAGGGUCUGAAAGAAGAUAAGAUCAGCAUGCACUGGUUGUGUUCUCUGAGGUGGCUGGUCCCAGAGAGACCUAGACCCACCCCAGUGCUUGUUCCUCUCAUCCCUUCAGUGUCCCCCAGCAGCCUUGGAAUGGGCACCACUCCCAGCCACGGCCGACCAGAUGCCAGGGACCCGUGGAGGCCUUAUGACAUCAGCAAUAGAGACUACUUCUUCCCCAUAUAG